AACAUUACCGGUGUUGAGUGCUGGUUGGAUUGCAAGCUUCAAAGUUGUGAUUUUCCUCAAAGGUACGAAUGUUUGACGGUGCACACCAAUCCAUUAUCGUAUGAUGCGAUGUCAUAGUCUCAAAUUUGGAAUCAUUUCAGCUAUUGUGUCAUUUGCUGCAGGGAAAUUCACCCCGAAAUAUUCGUGGACUUCCAGAUUGUUAUUACAAACGAACAACGUUUUGAGGAUUAACAUGGCACAGAAAGGUUCAGACGAGUUUUGGCGAAACAAAUGGGAGGAGGAUCAGAUACAAUUCCACAUGUCUAGCGUAAAUUCAGCGCUUGUCAAGUAUAUGGACGAGAUGACGGGCGGCAAAGCAAACUGCCGGAUUUUUGUUCCCCUCUGUGGCAAGUCUGUGGACAUGAAAUGGUUGGCUGAUCUGGGCCACGUAGUUGUUGGUGUUGAAGUAGCUGAGAUGGCAAUCAAAGACUUCUUCAAAGAAAACAAGUUGGAGUUCUCUGUUGGUCCCGUCGAAGGCCUUGAAGAUGCUGAGAUGUACACUAGUAAGAAUUCCAACAUCCUGUUGUACAAAGCAAAUUUAUUCAAACUAAACGGAGACAUCCUGGGUGACUUUGACUGUAUUUGGGACCGUGCCUCACUUGUUGCUCUCCUUCGAGAAGAUAUACAAAGAUAUGCUGAUUUGAUGCUGUCAUUGCUGAAACCAACGGGACGAUACCUUCUCUCAACAUUGGAGUAUGACCAAAGCAAAAUGAGCGAUUUUCCUCCCUUGUUUUUAGGUCCUCCUCAUUCAACUCCAGCAGACGUUGUGGAAAAAUUAUUUGCUGAUAAAAUGGACAUCAAGUUGUUGGAUGAAGUUGACGCAAUGACGGAACGAUGGAAGAGCAGAGGACUCACGUCUUUCAUAAACAGACAUCAACUACUCAUUCCAAAGAACCUCUAGUCACGAGGGAUGCAGAGCUUGGAGGACUCCCCCCCCCCCC